AUGGAAACUGGAUUAGCUUCGAAAAAAUCAACAUAUCUGAAGAUGUCAGAAGGAUGGGGCAGCUUGCCUCUCCUCCCACUGAGAUGCGUGUUAGAUCAUCUGAGUUUGGAGGAUGCGCUUGCUGCAUUAUCGACUUGCAGGCAUUGGAGAAGUUCCAUUUUGUUGUAUGAAGGACAUAAAGAUACUCUGAAGUUGAGAGUGAAACACCUUGAAAAGAACCUGUUUGUGACCCGCCUGUUCAGGAAGUACGCUAGAAAACUAUACGUCUACAUCGACAACUGUGGGGAAGAUCUGGAAAACUUUAUGAACUUUGUAUUGCCACAAUUUUUUGAUACGCAGAAGUUGCAAGAAUUAGUGUUCAUCGGACCGAGCUACAUACAGAAUCAGCAUGCACCAGUUGCCAAAAUAAAUCGG